AUGCGCACUCUCCCACACUCCGUCGUCGUUCUCACAACAUGUACCUCCCCCGCUGUUUCCACCACGACACAGGGCAGCAACACUUCAGGUUCGAAAUACCGGGGCAUGGCGUUGUCCUCGUUCACGACUCUAACUUUAACACCGUCUCCAAUCAUUACAUUUAACAUCCGCCAACCGUCCCGCACCUUGGAUGCUCUUCGGGAAAGCAAGCAUUUCCUGAUUCAUAUACUGGAGGCCAGUAAAGCGGGGAGCAAAGUUGCGCAUGGUUUCGCUCAGGGCGGUGGUGGUGUAGAUGGGUUUAAAAAAUCGAAUAUUAUAGAGGAGCAUGUUAUAUUGAAAGAGAUGGAGGGAUUAGUAUUGCCUAGACUUAAUGGUGAUGGUGUAAUGCAAGCUUUGAGGUGUGAGGUUUUGCGCAAUGAUGAUGGCGAAUGCAAGGGCAUGAUACGAGUAGGAGAUCAUAUGCUUGUUCUUGCUGAAGUGACGGAGAUUCUGGGUGAUGACCCCAUGGCUGAGAACUCAUGGCAUGGGCUGUGUUACGCCGAUGGGAGAUAUAGGUUAAUUGGGGACACCAUCGAGGUUGACCGCCUUGACGAUUUGACUGUACAAUAA